AUGUAUUUUUCAGAUCGGCGAAGUGUACUGCCAGUUACUGGUACAGCUGCUGAAAAUGAAACAGCGUAUUCCAUGCGUGUACAGGCAUUGGCGAAGUUGGCCCGUCUUUCGUACGCCAUGAUAACGUCAGGCAUGCUCAAUAUAGUGGCGGGAAUUGUCAUUCUCGUGUCCCUCAACGGAAGUCAUAUGGAGUUUCCUUUGACCUCGGGUGCUCCAAUAUGGUCUGGAGUUUAUAUGGCUGUACUCGGAGUUGUGGGUAUAACUAUUUCUCAAACGUCUGUAAAUCUCAAACAUGACAUCAACAGAGAGUUGAAAUGCAGGAUUGGCCUUUUUUAUGGACUUUCUACUGGUGCGUUGAGUGCAUGUGGGUUAUCCGCCGGGUACACGGGAGGCGGUAUAACGAUAUGUGCAGGAGAAGAGUGCGCCAAAAACGGAAGCAGUAUCAUUCUGAUUAUUUCUUCCAUAUCGAUAGCGAUCUCUACAGUCAUGUUUGCCUUUGCGGUAUGUGGAAUGGUUUUCUUCUUUCGAUACAGGAAUUUCUUUCAGAUGUAUUCCAGCGCAUAUCGCAACACCCUGCUUCAGAGGAAAUUAGAAAACCUUGAGAGCCGUGUCAAUCAAGCCAGUGAAGGGCAGAGCUAUGGUGGGAUCCAGAGUGGAAAGACUGGCCAGGAAAAUGGUGGAUACCCCACCUGGAAUACUCCUCCACCACCAGCAUAUAGCGAAAAGGCAUAA